AUAUGCCCAGCAUAUGGAUUGUUUCCCUUUAUUCAUCCUUGAAUACCGAAAUGUGUGAGAGAAAAAUGGUGUGACGACACAUGUUUAAGAGUGUUGAUGGUCUCUACAUUAAGUCGCCUGCUUAUCCAGGCUAUUUUUUUUUUUAAUUAAAGCUGUCCUUGGUACUGUGACAGUGGACGACUAGAUCUCUAGCCUAUUUUGUUAUUGUGAUCUGUUCAGAAUUUUUGGAGGUUUCGUUCUUAGGAUUUUCCGACAUACUUUUGAAGAAAUCUGGAUUUAGUUUUAGGUUUUACUGUGUUGGUAUUCUCGUAGUAUGUUUAAGACACACACACUCUCAAAAUGAAUAGACCAAUGGAUAAAGUGUGUCAUAUUUAUGACGGCUUUGCACAGGAGUGGGGACGAGCUUAUCCCAACCUUGCUGUACCUUCGUUGACUAGUGUGUGCAACGUAUCGCUGGAAGGUGAUAGAUCAUGCGACAACUCAGCCAGUAUUUCGGACGUCCGUUGCAGCUUGAAAAUUGUCAACGACACCAUCCACAAACUUAACCAGGACUUAGACAAGCAGCGUUUAAUCAAAAAGUUCUUGGUUCAAAUCUUGGGCGUGCUGACGGGAGGAGAAUCGGCCGCGGUCAGCGUCGGAGAGGGCAAGGUGGUCGAGAAGAGUGCGAGACAAAAGAAAGACGAUACGGGCUUCGAUCCUGGCCUGGUAUCGGGCCAAAUUGAUAGCACGCGUGUAGUUAAAGGUAAUGAAGAGUAUAGCACCCACGGAUUAACAUGUGAUUGUGUUUCGGAAUUGGACGAGUCUUGUAGCCUGUGUGCGGCUCGAGGAAAAGUCAGUUCUGUGAAAGACGCGUUUGACAAGCUCAGCGGCGAGUCUUUCAGAUUUGUGUCAAAGAUUGAAGUCUCGGGGGACAGGGCAUGCCCUCGACAGAACCAGCAUCGUCCCCGAGACCACCAGCAGAAUUAUAGGAACUCGUGGAUUACUUCACGUCAUGACGCCACGGGCGUGCACCCCUCAGGUAAUGACUCUAGUUUAAACAGCGCAAUAACUCGCUCAAACUCCGUACCGGACUCCGACAUGUUCCGCAAAGGGAAACAUAACGUCGCGUCGGACGAGCCUGUGGUCCGGCACAAAGUCGGAUCCAAAGAUAACUUCCUGGCCGUCCAGGCCAAACAUAUAUCUCCCAGCGAGCUAGCGAAGAAUUUCGACUCGGUCAGCAGCAGCCCCAAGAUGAACCGCCACUACCAAAUGCUGAAACUGACCCAUGGAUUCGACGUUGUGCUCGAUUCGGGUACUGAAGGCGGGGACAGCAACAACAAAAAAUCACCUGCUGCAGGUGAUUCACACAAUCACGGGUCGACAGUCGUGAAUCCUCGCAGUGACAAUGUCAGCGGUAAAGAAGCUAAAAUUAGCAACAGGGCGGAGUCACCCAGUUUAAUAAAGGCAAGCACACGGGGGAUGGUGUCAAUCAUUACCGUAGAAAACACGAAGAACACACCUAUUGAUACCCAAGGUAACUCAGUCGUGCUUCCGGAUUCAAACCUAACCCUCAACACACCACCGCUGGAUGUUAUCAAACAAGACGAAACAGAAACGAGCACAGGAGAACACGCUAUAAAUUCCACGGGGAGCUCACUAUCACGUCAAAGCGUUAAAAAAGCGCCGGUGCCUCCCCCUGUUGCUAAGAAACCAGUCAAACUCUCGAACUCAAAUCAGCUAUCCCCUAGCACAGCCGGCCCCAACCCUUUCACGAGAGUAUGGGACUUAUCGCCAGACGUUCAUUCACCUUCGUACUCUCUCAGGAACAGCGUGGAACGCAAGGAUUCUCAUAGCCAAUCUGACGUAAACAGAGCCGUUGGUGACGUUAAAGACAGUGUCUCAGAAACGGUGUCUAGUACUCGAGACAGCGCCGAGAGUAGAAAAUCAGAGUCGAUCAAAGUGACUCCCCCUUCGCCCCUUGUGGCCGAUUUCACGUCAAAAUACGUAGACCGUCAAAACAGCUGGCCUAGCGAGUUAAAAGAAGAGCGAACCAAGGGGGAAGUAACCACUUCUGACUUAGCUGAGAACUCUGUUGCUUAUCGUGAGGCUAAAUUUGUCGAGGGCCUGAGUAGACCAAAAUCUGAAGAGAUCCUGGCCAUGCGAUCAUUUAAGCCACAAAUAGCAGACGACGAACAGAGAAAAACAAAGUUUGGUGUAGACGGACUCGCGGACAAUUUGAGAACCAGUUUUGGUUUGGUCAGAGCGAAAUUUCAGGACUGCGAUAAUUUGUCCGAGAGAAAUAGUGAUUCUGUUAAACUCGUGGGCAAGCGGUCGUCCACACCGCCGGCUCCGCCGCCUAGACUGCAGGUGGAAAAACCGGAAAUCAAAUCAGUUGACGGCGUCGGUCUAGGGGGCCAUGCAGACGCCGUCCGACGGAUGAGUAGCAGCACUAGCACGGAUACUGUCACAGAGUUUAACCGCAACAUGAGUCUCUCUUCCGACUUCGACGUCAAAGAGGCUCUAAGCACACUGGACACGCUCCUGACGUCCCAGGGUGCGGAUGACCUGGACGAGGCACCAGUUGAAAAGCCCAAGCGGUACGCCUUGAAGACGCCCCUGUACGAAAACUGGACCAUCAACAGGGCGAUCACCUCCUCCUUCAACCAGGGGGACUUUGACUCCAUCAGUGACGACGACGAACUCGAAGGGGCUUCCAUCUCCUCGGCGGCCGACAGCCCUUCCCACAAGCGCCACAGCUCGCCUACGGGGAGCAAAGAUUCGGGCCUUUGCGAGGAGACCACGGCUGACUCGUCCUCGUAUCCCGACAGCGUGUUUGACUCUGAGAUAUCCUCAGGGCGUAUCAGAAACCUCAAGGUGUUGCAGGCUCUAGAACUUCGGGAGGAAGAAGCCAGCGACCAGUGUGAUUCUCUGGAGGAGCCGCCCCUGAAUUUUGUGGAUUAUACUGAUGUUGAAGAAGCCGACAACGACUUUGUGUACAGUACUAAAAUCAAUGUUGACCAGCAUGCCUCCAAUCGAACGCCUAGUCCAUGUCCAGAUUACGGACAGGAGAAUAAUGUCCAUCUCAAUGAGGUGGACAGGUCGAGCUGGGCCACAGAAAGCAGUGGCGACGAGGAGAUUGCCACACCAAUGGACACCUCCCACGAAGAGCUGGACUCUGCCACGGAAGGGAUACUGAAAAUGAGGCAACUCCUGGUCAAGGGAGUAUUGGAUAGUGAGAAAGAGUACCUGGAGAUGUUGAAUAUCCUCAUACAUUACAAACAUAGCCUCGAAGCCAGUUCACAGGGGUCAAUGCCAGUGAUUAGUAAAGAAGACAUUGCAACAAUUUUCUCCAACAUAGAGGACAUCUAUGAUAUCCACAAUGAAUUUGUCCAGUCCUUGACGCCCAAAGUUCAAAAGUGGACACAUUCGGAGGCCAUCGGGGAUAUUUUUAAAAUUAUGAUUACUAAAUUUAUCCACUGUGACAGCUACCUUAAAAAUUACCAUUUGGCAGUAAGCACAGUCCACAGAUGUUGUAGUGAAAGUGAACAGUUUCUAUUUUUGGCCAAGGAAAUAAAAAUCAGCCAAACUCUAAAGCAAACUACAACACUGGAAGAUGCUUUAUUCAAACCAGUACAGCGAGUUCAGAGAAAUAUUUUAGUCUUGCAUGAUCUCAUAAAAUACACACCUGAGGAUCAUCCAGACAAGGAGGCCUUAGAAAAAACUUUAAAGCUUUCUCAGCACAUUCUGGAACGAUUUGCAACUGCGAUACCAAAACAUGCAACUACUAAAGAAAAUCGCCGUCUUGUAAAGAGCAGCUUUUUAGUGGAGUUGGUGAAUGGAGUUAGGAAGCUGAGAUUCAUGUUUUUGUUUAAUGACAUCUUGAUUUGUACCAAACGAGUUCCACACAGGAAUAAUAAAGUUACAUUUGACAUAAAAUGGUUCACUCCCUUGAAUCAAAUGACUUACGACACAAAGUUUGGCUAUAGAGAUGAUUUGAAAAGUGAAAUGAAGGAGACUAUUGAAGAAUUGAAAACCAAAUUACGAAUUCUUAAAAAAGAAUUAAAAUUAGAAAUGAAAAAACACGAUGGAAAAGAGAAAAACAGGUCAUCUGGUGGAGCUGUUCCUCGUCAAGUAGAAAAACUACGAAAAAAAAUCAACCAGCUUGAAGCACAGCUGAUCUUGGCCUGCCCUAAGUUGCCUUUUAAGGUUUCCCUAGAGGGUGGCAAGACGUACACAUUACUUAUGACAACUGAUUAUGAGAGGGAGGAGUGGAAAGAAACACUGGCCUCUUUAAUGACUAGAACAGAGCAGCAAGUAAUAAGUUUGAAUUCUAUUUUUAUACAAGAACUUAUCAACAGUGUGAAAGAAACUCCUCAGGUGAACAAGAUUGGCAAUGUUUUAUUGCAGCCAGAUGAAGACAUCUUAACUGGCACAUUAAAUGUCACAAUUCACAAACUGAAUGGUCUUACUGAGGACUGUGAUACUUAUUGUUGUUUGGAAAUGGACAGUUUUGGUCACUUCUUUAUGAAAGCUAAAACACACAUUCGCCAUGCCACUAGAGACCCGGCCUGGAAUGAAGACUUUGAAUUAGAACUAGAGGGUUCUCAAACUAUAAGAUUUUUGUGCUUCAAAAAAGAAGAGGGAGACCAUGGUGACAAACUUCUUGGCAGAGGUGCACUGGAGUUGAGCAGACAUUGGUUGAAAUCAAGUUUUCAAGAAAAGACAGUAGUCAUGAAUGAAAUAUCUCUAGUCAUCUCAGUGAGGCACACAGCGGCAGACAAAACCAUGUCCCGUACACCCUCCCGCACAUCUUCAGCUGUAUUUGGCGUGAAAAUAAGUACUUGUGCCAGGCGUGAAGGAAAAACUGUACCGUCCUUGGUGACUGCAUGCUUGCAGGAAGUUGAGAAAAGAGGACUCGAUGAGGUCGGUAUAUACAGAGUGUCAGGUGUGACGUCUGAUUUACAGAGAAUAAAGAAACUAUUUGAUAGAAAUGUGCGUGCUGGUAUUGCUGCAUUGGAGGAUGCUGACAUUCACACUGUGACAGGGACUCUCAAACUGUACUUGAGAGAGCUCCCUGAACCUCUCUUCACAGAAGCCAAUUACCAGAACUUUAUAGAUACACUCAAAUUGAAGGAUGAAGAAGCUAGAGGGCAGUGUAUGUUAAAUCUGCUCCAUGGUCUACCAGACAUCAACUACUACACAAUAGUCUCUCUUCUGGAACAUUUACUCAAAGUUGCCAGGAAUGUAAGUUCAAAUAAGAUGUCAGUGCACAAUCUGGCAACUGUUUUUGGCCCAACUCUAUUGGCCCCAGCUGUUAAGCAGGACACCACUGAUCCCAUGGAGCUAAUGUUUAAAGGUGCGGAGGAAGUGAUGCAUCAAUCAAGUGUAAUUAACUACCUCUUGGGUAUUGCUAUUAGUGGAAGGAGUCUUAGGAAGUCUGCCCAGUGAAGGGAAGCUGAUAUAUGUUAUAAUUUACUCAUUCAUACCAAAAUGAAUGUAUCAAAAUAUAGUUUGUGUAUUUUGAAUAUUAACUGGACAGCAGACAUUAAAAUGUGUUGAACUGUUACACUUCACAUCUGUACAUAUUUUUUUAUAACUUAGAAAGGAAUAAUAAAUCGCUGGCUUCUAUUUGAAACACUGCAGUCAAAAUGUAAACAAUGUGUUCAAUAAACAAGCCAAGUGAAAUAUGCAAACACAGCAGACUUGUCAGAUUCUCUAUUUUUUGCCUGACAUAUACAAAAUAACUUUUUGAAUAAGUUUCGUUCAGUAAUGCCAAAACAACAAAUACAAAUCAAAAGCUUUGGUUAAACUCAGCACCACUAUCAUAAUUGAAAUCAAGCCUAAAUAUUUGAUUUUAUCCACAAAUUUGUGUAAUGAGAUUUAUGAUAAAAUAAAAGAUUGGCUGUGUGAUCAUGUGGUAUGCCAUCUGGACUGUUAUUUCUCAACUGUCCUAAGUUUGAACCGGCCCACUCCUGUUCUUUGCUCUCCUGUGGGAGUUUUGCUGUAGGAUGUGAUAAUCUUCAAUUCUGAGGGAACAUCCAAAGCAUGUAUAACCAACAAACAAAAACAACCCUUUAAGUUCAUGUGUACUUGCAGUUCUGUAUUUCAACCUAAACGAUUGUGUAAUUAAAACCUACAAUCAAGGAGAAAAAAAAAAGCAAUAAAAUUCUAUACUUUCUUCUUAUGUUGAUAGUCAAGUGCCUUAUUGAAACAGCAUGAUUGUUAGGUUAUUACAAGGACUAAAGUUGUUUAUGCAACUGUCUUGUUUUUUUGUAACUUAUAUUAUAAAUGUAAAAAAUGUAAAGUUAAACUUCAAUAAAACAUUAAAUCACUUGAUACUCUUAGGCUUAAAAACAAUCAAUGUUCACAAUACAAAUUCACAAAUACAAAUCACAAAUCACUUGAUACUCUUAGGCUUAAAAACAAUCAAUGUUCACAAUACAAAUUCACAAAUACAAAUCACAAAUCACUUGAUACUCUUAGGCUUAAAAACAAUCAAUGUUCACAAUACAAAUUCACAAAUACAAAUCACUUGAUACUCUUAGGCUUAAAAACAAUCAAUGUUCACAAUACAAAUUCACAAAUACAAAUCACUUGAUACUCUUAGGCUUAAAAACAAUCAAUGUUCACAAUACAAAUUCACAAAUACAAAUCACAAAUCACUUGAUACUCUUAGGCUUAAAAACAAUCAAUGUUCACAAUACAAAUUCACAAAUACAAAUCACUUGAUACUCUUAGGCUUAAAAACAAUCAAUGUUCACAAUACAAAUUCACAAAUACAAAUCACAAAUCACUUGAUACUCUUAGGCUUAAAAACAAUCAAUGUUCACAAUACAAAUUCACAAAUACAAGCUGAGUUAAAAAGUCAUAACUACUUGUGACUUUUGUCUUUUACACAACUUUUGCCUUAACAAAUCCAAUAGCCAUUCAAAAUGCUUGUUUUUUGGAGACCCACUUUAUUGAAAACAUAAUUGAAUUAUUUACUUCAUUCUGAUGGGUCACAUUAAGUUCAGUUGUUGCCAACUUUACUGAUUGUUCUAUGCAUUGAAAUAUGCCAAAACAAUAAAAGAAUAGGGUAUCAGCACUAAUGUGUUCAAAUGAUUUUCACUUAUUAAAUCUCUCUGUAUAUAUUGUGUAGACAUAAUUGUGUCAUAUCACUUUAUGGAUAUUAAAUUAUUAAAUGUUUUGCUUGUCAAGUAGAUUCCCUUCUGAUGAUUAUCAAAUGUGAACACAAAGUCACAUGAUCCUGAAAAAACAAAAAUGGUGGCUGCAUGUUGAUUGCCUUUGAUUUUUUUUGUUUAUGGGCAAUCUUCGUAAAUGGAUCUGUGCAAUAAAUGUUUUGACCUGUUUUGUAUAAAAUUUAACUUGUGUGUCUGUGUAUAAAUAUAUAUAUAUAUAUAUAAUAAUGUUCAUAAUAUAAAUGGGAACCAUAAAAAGUAUGACAGGAAAAAAAAUACAUCUUCACAUUAAAUUUGUAUCAAGAUUAAUAUGAGAUCUUGUGUAAGUAUUGUAGCAAUUUAUUAUCUUUUUUUUUACUAUCAUAUCUUUGCUUUUUUUUUUCACGGUAAAGUAUCAGUUGUUAAGCAGAAAAAAGUAUAUUUAGUAAAAUUAUACUUAGUAACUUUAAGUUUUGUGUCAUGUUAAGAAAGUCUUAAAUUUAAUAUAAUCAACCAUUACUCUAUGGGCAUAACUGUGGCAUAGAACUGUGCCACAAUGAAAAUUGAAUGUUGAUAUUCAUCCUUUUUAUUAUUUAUUGAUAGUUUUGUUUAUUAUUGGCAUGUUAUGUAAUUGAAUUUAUUACAUAUCUAUUUAGAAAAACAGUGAAAAUGUUGUAUUCGAUUAUGUUGUAAUAAGUUGAACUUUAUCAAUGUUUAUGUUGUUUAAAUUGAGUUCAUGUCAAUUAUUAAUAGAUAAGAUUGAAAAGGCCUACUGUUCUCUGCUUUGAUCAACUUAACAAACUGAAAUAAAAGAGAAAUAAACAGUUUCUUAAAAUUAUUCAAAAUAUCUAUAACCAUAAAAUUACACAUUCACUGACAAUAAAUUCUAUAAACAUAGCUGCUGGAUGGCUUUUACUACUUUUGCGACUUGAGCACUGUACUGUUGUACAUGUUUCUUGUACAUUUCACAAGUGCAUCAUCAUUUAGAUUGACAAAGAACAAUGCAAUCUUAAUGUUGAAGCUUCCUUGUUUACAUUUUCUGUUUUGAACAAUUUACUCUGACAUUCCUUUUUUUUUUCUUACUUGAAGAUAAGUACCAAAAAUAUCUGGCCAAUUAAGUAGCAUAAACACCAAAUAUUUCCAUCUCUGGAACCAAAGAGUUUCAUUUUUGUGGUCAUCUGAGCAUUGUAUGACAUUUUUUCUUAUUGCUCUUAACAUUCUUCUUUCAAAUCUACUUGACAAAAAGUUGUUUUUUGUUUUUUUUUGGUUUUAAAUACUCUUUUCAUACAUAAUUAUUAUCUUAUAUGAUAUAGUACUAACUGCAGCGAUACUCUGUCAUGUACAAAAUAUGUAUAAAUGGACGAAAUCAUUAACUGGAUCAUUAUAUUAUUUAGAAUUUAGUGGCUGUAAGAUUCUUUAAAAAUUAAUUUUCAAUUCACUCUGGCAUUGGUAUUAUAUAACUGAGCCUUGUAUCUUGUAACUUAUUUAACUAGUUUGUUUAGGGCUUUCAUAAAUAUCUGUGUAUCUUUUAUAUUUGGCUGACAAAGCAAGGACUUUUUUUUUUUUUACUUUAAAAAAUUCCUUGGUGACAUUUUUCACUUUUAAUUUUGUUUUCUCUAUAGCUUUACUUGAAUAUAUUUAUUCUUGUUCCUCGUGUCCUAACCAAUGAGUGUAUAUGUAGUAUAUGGUCAUGUAAAAUAGCCUACUAGAACAUUAAUGGUUCAUUAAAUUCCUAGCAAUGUUUGUCAUGAUUUGUAUUGAGAGCUUGAGUAAGAAUGAAGUAGACCUGAGUUUAGGGUUUUUAAGAUCCUUUCAAAAUUACCACAUAAGGUAAAUUUGCUUGCUUUCAAGCUUAAAGGUUAGCCCAUUCCUGUCCAUUUAUAGCCAUUCUAUCACAGAGUUGAUGUCUCAGACAAAAAUGGUUUAAUUUUUAGGUUCAAGGGUUGAUGCUUAAAUGCAAUAUGAGGUGCUAAUAAAAAUAAAAUAUGUUAUGUACCAGGAUUUAGCAUUGGAUUUUUGAAAACCUGUCCUGUUAUAGAGAGAAAUAUAUCUUUUUUUUUUAUGUGUUCAUGGGUUAGACAAAAUUGAACAUUACAUUUUGUCUGUUCUAAUUAUUUUUUGUUCAUGCUAUUUCAAAUGUUUCUGUCAGCAUGUAUAAAUGUCAAGGUUCUCAUUUCCAGUACACAAUAAACUAUAAACAAAUGUGCAGAUUAACUAAAUGACUAUUUGAUGGAUGGCUGCUUGUUGUGUGUUAGGUGCUUUGGACUGCCGUCUCAGUGGUACCCGGUUCAAAUCCUGCCCGCUGACACCCCCUGGUGUCCUGCGAGAGGUUAGGACUAUGAUGUAACAAUUAUCUUUGAAUCUGAAUGGACAUCUGAGCCAUGAAAAAUAAAUAAAACACUUCAUAUCAAUCACAGUGACGUUGCUCACUAUUCAAUCAUAAUGAAGUUGUUCACCAUAUCAAUCAUAGUGAAAUUGCUCAUGAACAUGAUGCUGCAGCAGAGACCUGAAUUGUAAUAGACAUAUUGGACAUGUUAGUGUCAACCUUUCAUAAUGCUGUUAAUAAAAUUAAAGUGUUUUUUUUUUUGUUCAGUUCUCCCAUGUAAAGAUUCCCCUCUAGUUUUGUGCCAUUGUAGUUUAGUCCUUAUGUAAACUAGUUAUCACUCCCAUAUAUAAUUACAAACUAAUCAUACUCUCAUUUUACAUAGGUGUGAAUGACUUUGUUGUAUUAUUUCUUCAUGACAUGUACUUUCAAGAAUGUCUUAUCUACCUGUCAAGUUCAACAUGUAUACAUGAUAUGGAAUCAAUAACUGCUUUUUUUUUUUUAAGUUCAAGGCUUCAGAUUUUGUAAUUAAAGCAUUCCAGAUACUACUA